ACACUUCAGUCACCGUACCCUCCAUUAGUACGUCUCCCUCCUCAGAGCCUCCCUUGCCCCAAGAAUCACCAUGACUUGUGGAUCUUACUGUGCUGGCCGCGCCUUCAGCUGCGCCUCGGCCUGCGGGCCCCGGCCCGGCCGCUGCUGCAUCACCGCCGCCCCCUACCGCGGCGUCUCCUGCUACCGCGGCCUCACCGGCGGCUUCGGAAGCCACAGCGUCUGCGGCGGCUUCCGCGCCGGCUCCUGCGGCCGCAGCUUCGGCUACCGCUCCGGCGGCGUGUGCGGCCCCAGCCCGCCCUGCAUCACCAGCGUGUCGGUCAACGAGAGCCUCCUCACGCCCCUCAACCUGGAGAUCGACCCCAAUGCGCAGUGCGUGAAGCACGAGGAGAAGGAGCAGAUCAAGUGUCUCAACAGCAGGUUCGCUGCCUUCAUCGACAAGGUGCGCUUCCUGGAGCAGCAGAACAAGCUUCUGGAGACCAAGUGGCAGUUCUACCAGAACCGCAAGUGCUGCGAGAGCAACCUGGAGCCCCUGUUCGAGGGCUACAUCGAGACGCUGAGGCGGGAGGCCGAGUGCGUGGAGGCCGACAGCGGGAGGCUGGCCUCGGAGCUCAACCACGUGCAGGAGGUGCUGGAGGGCUACAAGAAGAAGUACGAGGAGGAAGUCUCUCUGAGAGCAACAGCUGAGAAUGAAUUUGUGGCUCUGAAGAAGGAUGUGGACUGUGCCUACCUCCGCAAGUCAGAUCUGGAGGCCAAUGCGGAGGCCCUGAUCGAGGAGAUCAACUUCCUGCGGCGCCUGUAUGAGGAGGAGAUCCGCGUUCUCAAUGCCCACAUCUCAGACACCUCGGUCAUCGUCAAGAUGGACAACAGCCGGGACCUGAACAUGGACUGCAUUGUGGCCGAGAUCAAGGCUCAGUAUGACGACAUCGCCAGCCGCAGCCGGGCUGAGGCUGAGUCCUGGUACCGCAGCAAGUGCGAGGAGAUGAAGGCCACGGUGAUCCGGCACGGGGAGACCCUGCGCCGCACCAAGGAGGAGAUCAACGAGCUGAACCGCAUGAUCCAGAGGCUGACCGCCGAGGUCGAGAAUGCCAAGUGUCAGAACACCAAGCUGGAGACCGCGGUGACCCAGGCUGAGCAGCAGGGCGAGGCGGCCCUGAGCGACGCCCGCUGCAAGCUGGCCGAGCUGGAGGCCGCCCUGCAGAAGGCCAAGCAGGACAUGGCCUGCCUGGUCAAGGAGUACCAGGAGGUGAUGAACUCCAAGCUGGGCCUGGACAUCGAGAUCGCCACCUACAGGCGGCUGCUGGAGGGCGAGGAGCAGAGGCUGUGCGAGGGCGUCGGCGCUGUGAAUGUCUGUGUCAGCAGCUCCCGCGGUGGCGUCGUCUGUGGCGAUCUCUGCGCCUCAGGUGCUGCCCCUGCUGUCACCAGCCGCGUCUGCAGCGCCCCCUGCAGCGGUAACGUGGUGGUGGGCACCAACUCGUGCGGGGCCUGCAGUGUGGGCUGUAAGAAGUGCUAAGAGGCCUCGGCGUCCCUGCCAGCGCGCAGCCACGUCCCCCUGCGCCCGGCCCGACCCCGAUCGCCCCGCCGCUGCCCCACGACUGCCAGCAGCCCGCCCCCAACAACCAGUCGCCAGGUGUGCACCCUCGGCACGUCCUCCCUGGGUUCUCCCUCUGCGCGCCACCCCCCCCUCCCCCCCAACCCCGGGCGCCCUGAGCCCUGUGCACCUGGGGCGGCACCUUGGCCUCUUUCCGUAGCCUUUCCUAGUAGUGGAUUUAUCUUGAGGAUUCAUCCUUUCUUCUGCCUGCUGUGUUGUUUGCUGGAUUCAUUCGUCCUGCCCGACUCCCUCACCUAAGCUUGCGGGACAGGGCAGGCCCUAGACUCUCCCUGUCUCCACUUCCUGGGAAUCUGCCAGUGCGCUGGAUCCUGUGGAAGGGAGGUGGGGAACACUGACGGUGGUUUUCC